AGACCUGCUGCAACGUAGAGCCGGCGCUGGUGGGCGGAGUGAGCAGGGGCCGCUGGCUGCGGGGUCUGCAGGUCCCCGAGCCCCAGGAGAGGGGAUCCUGAGAGACCUGCCCGUGUGUCCUUGCAGCGGGCGCUUGGCCCCGCGGGCUCCCGGCAGCGCCCAGGAAAGGCCGUUUCGCCCUGCGAGGGACACAGAGCCGUUGACCGUGGUUGCAACUGGCAGUUGGCGCAGUAAGGACCCAGCCAGCGUUUCAGAUUUGCUGGGCUGUGGCUGUCACCCAGGGAGCUGCUAAGGGUGUGUUGUUUAUUGCUGAUAAGUGGCUGUCCUGCCAGGAAACUGCUAUUCUCGGCUCUAUCCACACUGAGUAAUAGUGAGUGGAAGUGAAGUCUGAAUAAGAACCAAAUGUGUCUUCUCUGCAUCUAUUUUUUCAUCCAUUGGCUGAAGAAAGAGAAGGACGCAGAAAGAAGAUGAAAGAAGAUAUGAUCCCCGAAAGAUCAUAUAGAAGUCCUCUUAAUGAGAAAAAAAUUGUUAUGUGACCAUAAAAUAUAUUAUUUUACUAAGCCUCUGAAAUUUUAGUAUACAACUUGCAUUGCUUUAAUUAAUAUAUUAUUCCUCCCGUUUUGAUUCUUCAGGAUAUGACACAAUUCCCUGGUGAAUCAAAACUGAGAAAAGAAUAACUUACUUAUUAAAGUAAGAGAUAUAGGAAAGACCCAUUACCUUUGACCAAUAUCUCCACCCCCAGCCAAUCAUCAUUCUAUUCUCUGCUUCUAUGAGUUAAAUUUUUUUUUUAUUUUUCAAGACGGAGUUUUGCUCUGGUCACCCAGGCUGGAGUGCAAUGGGGUGAUCUCUGCUCACGGCAACCUCCGCCGACUGGGUUCAAGCUAUUCUGCCUCAGCCUUCCGAGUAGCUGGGAGUCAUGCGCCACCACUCCUGGCUAAUUUUGUAUUUUUAGAAGAGAUGGGGUUUCUCCAUGUUGGUCAGGCUGGUCUCGAACCCCCAACCUCAGGUGAUCUGCCCGCCUUGGCUUCCCAAAGUGCUGGGAUUACAGUCGUGAGCCACCAUGCCCGGCCUUUUUUUGAGGCGGGGGGAGGGCGGGGCAGGGGGACGGAGUUUCGCUCUGUUGCCCAGGCUGGAGUGCAAUUGAGCGAUCUCGGCUCACCACAACCUCCGCCUCCCUGGUUCAAGGGAUUCUCCCGCCUCAGCCUCCCAAGUAGCUGGGACUACAGGCGCCCACCACCCCGCCCAGCUAAUUUUUGUAUUUUUAGUAGAGACGGGGUUUCACCAUGUUGGCCAGACUGUUCUUGAACUCCUGACCUCAGGCGAUCCACCCACCUCAGCCUCCCAAAGUGCUGGGAUUACAGGUGAGCCACUGCGCCUGGCCGAAUUAGAAUUUUUUUCUACCUUACAGAGAAAUGAGAUCAUGUGGCUCUUCCAGUGACGUUGUCUGUAGGCACUCAGAAUGGUCCAGCGUUUGACAUACCAAUGUAGGCUUUCCUACAAUACAGCGUCCAACAAAACUAGACUGCCCCGGACCCCUGGUAAUAGAAUUGUUUACCUUUAUACCAAGAAGGUUGGGAAAGCACCAAGAUCUGCAAGUGGCAUGUGCCCAGGCAGACUUCGAGGGGUUCGUGCUGUAAGACCUAAAGUUCUUAUGAAAUUGUCAAAAAGAAAGAAACAUGUCAGCAGGGCCUAUGGUGGUUCCAUGUGUGCUAAAUGUGUUCGUGGCAGGAUCAAGCGUGCUUUCCUUAUCGAGGAGCAGAAAAUCGUUGUGAAAAUGUUGAAGGCACAAGUACAAAGUCACAAAGCUUAAUAAAAUUGAAACUUUUUUGAGAAAAAAAAAGAAACGAGAUCAUGUGGUAUGUUUUUGUUUUCCUUUUUUCUUUGCGCCAGCUCUUUUUACUUAGCCUAAUGUCCUCCAGAUUCAUCAACGUUGUUGCAAAUAACAAGAUUUCUUUAUUUUUAAGGGCUGAAUAGCAGUCCAUUGUGUAAAUACACGAAAUUUUCUUCAUCCAUUCACCUGUUG